UCAAAUAAAGUUAUUUAUUCUGAGCUUUCCAACAUGGCGGCGCCUAUGAAUCGGAGUUUGUUGAGGAUAUUUAGGAAAUGUUCCCGGGACCAUAAUUUUCAGUCGUGGUUAAAGUCGGAACGACGAUCGACAUGGCACUGUUCUGGAGGUCAUAAGCAAGACGGAUAUAACGGAGAUGGCCAAUGUAACGAUAAUGAGAAUACAGUACCGCUACUACGGACUUCAGAAAGCGGGUGGGGCAGGCGCAAAAACUGGACCAAUUUCUUUUGGGCGGCCGUGGCGACCGGGUUUGGGGUCGGUGGUGCUACACUUUUGUAUUAUUUCAGAGACGAGGAGAAGCAGUGUACGUUGUUGGGAUUUACAAUCAAAACUCAUUCUGUUCUCGAGAACGUGCUGUUAACGGCUCGAUGUGCUUCCCCUUUCAAACCUGACAGCCCACGUUACAGAUACAACUUCAUUGCGGAUGUCGUGGAAAAAUCUGCACCUGCAGUUGUGUACAUUGAAAUAAUGGGACGGCACCCGUUUUCCGGCAGGGAAGUCCCCAUCUCCAAUGGCUCUGGCUUUAUCAUAAGUCAAGAUGGACUUAUAGUUACAAAUGCCCAUGUUGUCGCCAACAAACGCGGUGUCCGAGUUAAACUGACCAACGGGGAGACAUACAAUGCCACUGUUCAAGCUGUAGACCAGGUUGCUGACAUUGCAACCAUCAAAAUCAAUACUCAGCACCCUCUACCCACACUGCCCUUGGGGAAUUCCGCUGAGGUGCGCCAGGGUGAGUUUGUGGUCGCCAUGGGGAGUCCUUUCGCCCUGCGCAACACCAUAACGUCGGGCAUCGUCAGCUCCGCGCAGAGGGGCAGCCGCGAGCUGGGCCUGUCCAACUCCGACAUGGACUACAUCCAAACCGACGCCGCCAUCGACUUUGGAAAUUCCGGUGGCCCUCUUAUUAACCUGGACGGUGAGGUCAUCGGCAUCAACACCAUGAAGGUGACGGCAGGCAUCUCCUUUGCCAUCCCCUCAGACCGUGUCAGACAAUUCCUCGACAGAGCUGCUGAAAAGAAGAAGUCGUGGUUUGGGGAAAGCGAAGCAAAGCGGCGAUACAUUGGCGUGAUGAUGCUGACUCUGACGCCGAGUAUCAUUGAGGAGCUGAAGAUGAGAGACGCUUCCUUUCCGGACGUCACCCACGGAAUUCUGAUCCACCGCGUCAUCAUAGGGUCCCCUGCCAGCCGGGCGGGGAUGAAACCCGGUGACGUCGUGGUGCAGAUAAACGGGACGGCGGUGAAAACGUCAGAGGAGAUCUACAACGCCGUGCGCACCAGCGACAGCAUCAACCUGGUGGUGAGGCGUGGCUCUGACCUGCUCAUGCUGCAUGUGACCCCCGAAUUCACGGAGUGAUACCCCUUCGCCAGGAUUACAGGAUACACUGGAGCACACAACCACCCCCCCCAAACUGCUUUUUUAAAAAAUGAGUGAGAUACAUUUAUUGUGGGCUUUCGAAGCCCUUUAUUUUCAGCAGGUUUACCCGUUUACAUUUCUGAACGGGGCAGCUGAAUAAAAGCUUUGUAAUCUCGAGAAAAGUAUUAAGAAUGUUUGCGAAAGGCCCACAACAGGUCAUAGGUGUUCAUUUGUAUUUACCAUGCACAUGUGUGAUCUCAAUCAUUGAUUUCAGUUAUGGAGAUGUGAAGGAUCUUGCCAAGCUAAGGUAAAUUAUAUGCAAAGUCAAGUGUUACUGUGAAAAAGUAGACCUCAUAGUACCUAAUGCAAGCUUUCGUGAUGGAACACAUAAUUAAAUAAAAUUGUAUAAAAGCUUGCAGGUCAAUUUGGAAUAAAUUGUUUCAGACCUUAUUUUCUGAUGCAAAAAACAAAACAAAACAUUGUGGUACGUAUUUGCUGUACGUUUAUCUAUUCUACAAAGUAGUAGAUACCAAGCACAGGUAUCAAACUCCAGUCCUGGUGGCCUUCGGUGUAUGCUGGUUUUCAGGGAGUUUUUGGCACCAGUGGUUCAUUUAAGUCAUUGAUGAGUUAAAGAAUCCAGACACCUUGUUCUCAAGGGCUUAAUUGGCAGCUGAUUGAAAGGAAACCACAAAUGUCCGCAGACACUGUGGCCCUCUGGGAAUUUAGGUUGACACCCUUACCUCAGAGUCUGAGUACAGAGGCCUAUUUAUGGAAGAUAUGUUUUUUUACAUCCUUUUAUCUCUUAAAUGAAAUGUUUCAUGUUUGUAGGAAAGCAGUCAUAACAUGUUUUUGGAAGAGAAAAAAAACGGAACAUUUUUGUUGCUUCCACAAAUGUGGCUGCAGCUCAGUUUUGCUAAUAAAUCUCACUGUGGUGCGCCUGUUUUUCAUUGCUCAGUAAGGCUCGUAUUUAAGUUUUAAGCCACAAGUCUGUUAAAUCUGGACAGAUACAUGGGAGCAUGUACACCGGUUGUAUGUCUUUCUGAGUCAUGUUCGGGCCAUUAAAAAGACUGAAUUUUUUUCAGAA